GCCUGGCACCACGCGUACUGUACACCAGUAUAUAAACCAAUAGGAGUUACCAAGCGCUCAUCACUCAUCAGUCUUGGUGUAAAGAAUGAAGGUACAGGUAUUAGUGUGUAUGGUGAUGGUGGGGAUGGUGGCUGCCCUUGACAAUGGGUUAGCGAGGACACCACCUAUGGGAUGGCUCGCCUGGGAGAGGUUCCGCUGUAAUAUUGACUGUGAAAACGACCCUCACAACUGUAUUAGUGAGUCGCUAUUGAAGAAUAUGGCCGACAUGAUGGUGAGUGAGGGCUACCGUGACCUGGGGUACAACGUGGUCUCCCUAGAUGACUGCUGGCCCGCCCAUGAACGUGACCAAGACGGCAAGUUGCAGCCUGACCCCCAGCGCUUCCCAUCUGGUCUGGGUGCCCUGGCUGACUAUAUGCAUGAGCGAGGUCUUAAGUUUGGGAUCUAUGAAGACUACGGGACACUGACUUGUGGUGGGUACCCGGGCAUCCUGGGACAUCUGGAGACUGAUGCCCAGACCUUCGCUGACUGGGGCGUUGACUAUGUUAAACUGGAUGGCUGCAACGCUGAUCCAAAAGAUAUGGAUGAAGGUUACCCAUCGUUUGGUGACUACCUCAACAAGACUGGUCGACCUAUGGUGUACUCUUGUUCCUGGCCCGUCUACCAGCAAGACAGUGGCAUUACGCCUAACUGGACGUCCAUCAUCGAGACUUGUAACUUAUGGAGGAACUACAACGACAUACAGGACUCGUGGUCGUCGGUAGCAAACAUCAUCAACCACUAUGGCGACAACCAGGACAAAAUCGUCCCCAAUGCUGGCCCUGGACACUGGAACGAUCCUGAUAUGCUGAUCAUCGGCAACUUCGGCUUGAGCUACGAACAAUCCAAGACCCAGAUGGCAAUUUGGGCGGUGAUGGCGGCCCCUCUGCUCAUGUCUGUAGACCUUCGUGACCUGAGGGAGGAAUAUAAGGCCAUCCUGCAGAACAAGGCACUCAUAGCUGUCAAUCAGGACGAACUGGGCAUCCAAGGCAGGAGAGUUUACAAGGCGGGACACACAGAGAUGUGGACUCGUCCGAUCACUCCCGUUCAUGAAGGAAACCGCUCCUAUGCCCUUGUUGUCCUCAACCAGGGGUCUGACGGUACCCCUGCCAUGGUGACGGUAAAGCCCAGCUCCCUGGGCCUGACCUACCCAGCAGGGUACGAGGUGGUGGACCUGUACACAAACGUCAAUCACGGCACCGUACUGCCAGACGGCCAGCUGACCUUCAGUGUCAACCCUUCUGGCGUGGUCGUCACCAAGUGGCAGGUGGUCAUGCCCUAGUGAGGUGACCCAGCUUCAACUCAACCCCUCAGAUAGGAUCAUGUCCUAGUGAGGUGACCCAGGAUCACCCUUGACCUAUGUGGCUCUAACCAUGAAGAUGAUUUUUUGCUUUAGUGAAGGUGAUCCCUGGCAGAACUGUGUGUUUGUUUAGGGGAGGCGGGAGGCUAGUGUGGAGGUGAAUGAAGACCAUCUCUGUUGUUCUUUCCAUGCUAAGCCACGGCACUGCUAGUCAGUUUUACCUCAACUUUCGCUACUGUUGUGUCUUGUAUAAUGGAAAAACUGGUGUUAAUGGUAAUCAUGUUUAGGGAACUCUGGUCAGUACAUUGUGUAUAUAGUUACUAUGGUGAAGCACUCUACAAAAUCAUGAGUGUUGGGUAGUACUGUACACCGCACCUUGAUGUAAUUCUGCUCAGAUAGAAAUGUGGCAGGAAGUUUAUGCGGGUCAGGAUUCUCAGAUUUAUUCAUAUGUUAAACUUCUUCCUUGACUCCCUAUAUACUGUACAUAAAAUUACUUGAAGCCUCUAUUGAUGAUGGCCGUUGUCCCCUUCCACUGAUGAUGGCUGCCAUUUAAGUAAGGUUAAUUGGCGUUGUGAGAACUUAUCCAAUUUUCUCACUUGAGUCGCAACACAAAGUUGGCUGCCAAGAUGACGUCAUCACUACACAACAAAUAAACUACAACUUGAUGUUUUUAUUACCAGUUAAGGUAAAAUUGUUGUGUGAAUCACUGAGGACGGAGACUCAGAUUACCUCGAGGUAGUGUCAUUAAUUCUGAAUAAGAAUCAUAGCCUAAAUUAGACAUAUUUUUUACUACAGUAUGAACAAUUUAUCACAGAAGUCAUGUUUUAUUUAAAUACAGUAAACCCUCAGGACAACGGACUAAUUGGGGGAAGACCUUGGUUGUUAAAGCUGCAGUUACUAUUGUAUAAAUUUGAAAUACAUUCAUAAUAGCAA